CUAUACCUCAUCACAGUGUUUAGCUGAACAUCUCUCGAAACAUCUACGUUUAUCUUGGCAGAACCGCGGUCAUGCUAUUUUAGAGUUAGCAAUCAUAUAGUCUAUUGUCUGAUUAGCUACGGAAGGAUGCUGGGAAAUGAUGCUGUCGUAUCACUUGCGAAAGUGGCACAUUGAAAAGCUGAUGAUCAACAAGAACAGACUCUAUUCUGAAGCUACAGUGGCAUCAUGAACUUUGUGCCAUUCUUUUUGCUCUCCCUGCUAUUGCACAAUGUAAGAGCUGUAGUAGCAGGGCAAUGCUGGCAGGGGGCGACAUAUUCUGAGACUGUCGUGUCUCCUGAGCUGAGAAGCAGCAGCAUCCUGCGGGUUCCGGAAGUGGUGUCUCUGGCCCAGUGUGCUAGGGCCUGCUGUGACCUUUUAGGCUGUGACCUGGCCUGGUUCUUUGAGAGACGCUGCUAUGUUCUCAGUUGCCAGCACAAAGAGAACUGUCAACCAAAAAAGAGGCCUGGCACGGACUCGCUGCUUGCAUUUCUACAGCGUAGCCCCCCACAGACAAUGGUGCUCCAGUCGUUGGUAAGGGGUGAGCCUUAUCCCAGCCACUGGCGUCCGCUAUCCAGACACAGAGGCUCAGAAAUUCCACUGGAGGAUCUGGCUUUGUUGGAGGGCAUUCAGGAUUUGGAUAAGUCAGCCGUGGAGUAUACAAAGAACUACAGGACUGUGGAGGACAGGGGAAGAGAUAAAUUCAUCAGUGAAGACAGAUCCAGAUCAAUUGUAGAACAGGAAGAAAGACCAGGACUUACUGAUUGGUCUGCUCUUCAAGAACGAGAUGGAUUUAACCUAUCAGAGGUGGAGGGAGGUAAAGGAAAGCUCUCUCUGAUGGAUGCCAUGAAAGCCAGUCCGAUGGCUCUAAGCUCCGCUCCAGCAGUGACAGAUGGACACACAACAUCUCCCAGUCAAGCCAGGCCUUCAUGGGGGCCUUCAGCAUCUACUUCACCCACCAUGGAGGAUGAGGAAGACCAGUUUAACAUCUCUAUCACAAGCGUGGAGCCAACGGCCAUGCUGCAGGUGAUCAGUGCAGAUCCAUCCAGCUCAAGCCUUUUUACCACCUCACUCCCCACUCAGCCUGAUAUGGAAACCACAUCCCAGACCAGUUCCUCACAGCCAGCACAUACCCUUGUUGUGUCUAUUGGAAGCAUUGGUGAAAUAACACUACCUGAAAAAGCAGUAGAACUAACUGCCUCAGUCAAUUCAGAGACUGAGAUGGAGAUCCCUUACACAUACGAAUGGAGUUUGGUGAGCUCACCAAAUGAACACGAGGGGGUGAUGGAGGGAAAACAUAGCAAGACUGUCAAUAUCUCGAAGCUGUCUGCAGGUGUGUAUGUUGUCAAAGUAAGUGUGACAGGAAGGCAGGCCUCUGGGGAGAGUGUUACUAACUUCACAGUGGAGCCUGAGAUGGACCUGAAUAUGUCCCCCAGAUCAGUUAUCCUACCACCACACCAGGACGUGCCGCUCUCUGCUGCCUCUGUUGUCAUUAUUAACGGCAGCCAGAGUUCAGAUGAUACAGGAGUAGUCAGUUACCUGUGGGAGCAGGUCAGUGGACCGCUGUUGGAAAACGAGGCCCCUAUGGACAUGCCUGUACUCAGACUGCAGAACCUCACUCCUGGAGAGUAUACGUUCAAGCUCACCGUGACUGAUUCUGAAGGACUAACUGACUUCACAACUGCCACAGUGCGAGUCAUCAGACCAAAGGAUGAUCCCCCAGUGGCCAGGGCAGGAACUGACCAGGUCAUCAGCCUGCCCCUCAACCACCUCACUCUGUGGGGCAACCAGAGCACAGAUGACCAUGCUAUUACCAGCUAUCUAUGGAGCCUUCAUCCCAGCACCUCAGCCAUAGCAGCAACAAUGCAGGGGGUGAGAUCUCCAGCUUUACAGCUCUCUGAUCUCCAGGAGGGUCACUACUCAAUCCAGCUCACUGUCACUGACUCGAGUGGCCAGCAGAACUCAGACACUGUCUCACUCAAUGUGCUCCCUGAGAACAGAGCUCCUGUGGCAGUAACAGGACCAGAUCAGCAGCUGUUUCUCCCAGCCAGCAGUGUCAUGUUGAAUGGCAGUGACAGCACUGAUGACUGUGCUAUCACCAGCUACCAGUGGGAGAUCCUCAGUGGCCCUCCUGGCUCAAAGAUUAAGGACGCAAACAAAGCAGUUGCCCUGGUAACAGGCCUAAGAGCUGGGAGUCACAAAUUUCAGCUGACUGUGCAAGACCAGCAGGGGGCAGCAGACAGCGCAGUGCUCACAGUCACAGUUAAAGAGGCCAAAAGCCUGCCUCUGGUAGCUCAUGCCAGUGGUAGUCACACGCUCACCUUACCCAGCAACUCUCUGGUUCUGAAGGGCUCCGUGUCCAACAUUGUCUCUGGCAACGUGUCUUUCCUGUGGCUCAGAGAUGAGCAGAGCCCUGCUGCAGGGGAUGUUUUGUAUGAUUCAGACCAUCAGGCCUCCCUCUACCUGGCCAACUUGGUAGAGGGCACAUACCUGUUCCACCUACGGGCCACUGACACCCAGGGCCACUCCAGCACUGCAACAGCCACUGUGGAAGUGCGUCCUGAUGUUGGUCAGCGGGAGCAGGUAGAGUUGGAGCUGCAGGUGGCUGUAGCUCAGGUCAGUCAGCAACAGAAAGACACCGUCCUGAGGCAGCUGGCAGCGCUGCUGCAUGUGCUUGAUGCAGACAUCGCUCUGAAGGGUCUGCACGGGCAGUCUGAUAUCAGCACAGUGUUCAGGUUCUCAGUACAGGGUCCUGAUGGAACAGUCCCUGGCCCAAAACUAGCCCGUCUCUUGAGACAUCAGCUACUGAAGGAAAAAAACGAUUUCCUGCUCUUCAAGGUUCUCAGAGUGAACACAGUCAUGUGUUUGCUGAGCUGUUCUGCCCAUGGCCAUUGUGACCCUAUCACUAAAAGAUGUGCCUGUGAUCAUCUGUGGAUGGAGAACCCCUUUCAACACUUCCUUGAUGACAAUGAGAGCAACUGUGACUGGAGUGUACUGUAUGUCACAAUCUGCUGCGUAGCUGUGUUCGUGUUUCUUGUGUCUAUGAGCUGGGCAUGGUGUAAAAGAGGGAGACGUACAAAAGUAAGGAAGAAAACCAAGUACACAAUACUUGACAAUGUGGAUGAACAUGAGAGAAUGGAACUGCAGCCAAAAUAUAACAUCAAACACAGGAGUACAGAGCACAACUCUAGCCUGAUGAUGUCAGAGUCAGAGUUGGACAGUGAUCAGGACACCAUCUUCAGUUCCCAGAAGAUGGACAGGACCAGGAACCGAGCUAAUGGCACCAUGACAAAUAGAGACGCUUACAGCCUGCACCCUGUGGAAGGCUAAUACACCUCUGCUUAGAUGACGUUUGCCUAGUGUAUGGCAGGCUUUAGCAUCAGAACAUAUAGAGACUAGCUAAAUGCAUCGACUGAUCUGAGGUUUCUAAAGAUUACAGACUUUUGAAUGUAAAUCAUUUUAUUUAUUAGGCACUUCCUACUGUUUGCUGGCUGCUCCUUUUCUCUUUAUUGUCCUUGUCCUUCAAUAGUCCUGAAUAGCUAGUGGGAAAAACACCCAACACAUUAUGAGCUUUUUUUUUUGAGUGUUUUGGCAUUCGAAAACAUUCCACUGCUGAUGAAGACCUACUUUGACACCAGUUGACCUUGGUCUAAAAAAUAUGAAAAUACACUAUUGGCUAUUGGGUGAACUAUUUUUUUGUUUUUGUCCAAAAGCUUAAUUUCUCAUGAUAUAAAAGGCAAGAAAAAAAUCUACUUGAUUUCAGUGCAAAUGUAAUGUGAUGCUACAUCUAAAUGGAGAAGCAAUGACAAUCACCAUUGUGAAAUAUAUUAACAAAAAUAAAUAAAUAAUAAAAGGCUGACAUUAUGCUUA